UAUUAGUGAAGUUUGUCAGUUAAAAAAGAAAGAUUUCACUGUUGUGGGAAAAAGUGCUUUCGCCUGCUGUGACCAUUUGCUCUGAGUAAGUAUUUUGUCUCUGGGCUGAUCAUCUAUCAAUCUGUUUUUAACUGUUUAUAAAGCUUCAUGGAAACAUGUUUGUUGUAUUUUGAAGCAAUGUAGUGACUUUGUGCAGCAGCCUUUAGAAUAUAAUCAGUGAUUCGUGGCUCCUUGAAAAUUAUCAGCAGGUGAUUAAUAUUUCUAUGGCAGGAGGAAAAUACUAAAUGUCUCUUCUUGUGCUUACUAAUGGUUUUAAUCACUUUUCUACAGCAGUUUGAAUCCAUCAGAAUGAUGUGUUUGUGUGGUGGAGCAUCUGUGAGAGUGACUAUUAUUGGUGUCAAAGCUCCCAGCAAACACAACAAGCAGACGAGGAGCAGACAAAGGAAACAAAUGUCCAUCGCUGUUUCUUUCUCGGCGUCUCGUGUGCUUCUUCUUCUUUCUCUUCACACAAAGUCGUAGAAGUUUUCAGACGUGUCACAGCUGGAUGUGAGGAUGGGACCCACUUUCCUCUGUGAGCUGGGCCUAUUCUUUCUCUGUACGCUCCUCUGCAGCGGACACGCUCAAGAUGCUGUGCUAACUGUUGAACCCAGCUCGACCAUUUUCAUCGGAGAGACUGUUAACUUCAAAUGUGACAUGAAGGAAGGAGAACACACUGACUGGGAAUACAAAAUUAUCAUGGACGGUCGAGAAAUUUUAAACUCCAACACAAACAAAGGUCUCAGAUUAAAAAUUGCAUCUACAGCUCAGAGUGGUAAAUACAGCUGCUCUGCUCACAGGAAGAGCUCACAGAAUACAAAGAACAGUAACACUGUCUCUGUAACUGUGAAGGCAGGUAAACCCAGGGCCACACUGACUCCAGGAUCAACUAUCAUACCAGUAGGGGGCAGUGUGACACUGACCUGCUCUGUGGAGAGCUCUGCUGGCUGGAAAUAUGAGUGGUUCAGACGUGACCCAAACACUGAAGUUCAAAUCAGAACAGAUGAUCAACAAAACGGAGUAAUCAGAGUAUCUCAAGGAGGAAUCUACCACUGCAGAGGAAGAAGAGGAAACCCAGAUUACUACACUGAUAAAAGUGAUGAUGUCACCAUUGAGAUAACCUUUUCCAAUAAGGUUGUUGUAAAAGGACGACCCAGCUGGCCUCAGAUAUUCAGCGGUGAGACGAUCAGUCUGACAUGUGAGGUGCAGGAAGGAGGUGAAACCACUGAGUGGGAGUAUAGAUGGAGAGGACCCAACCAAACCACACAGUGGACUCAGAAUAAUUACUGGAUAUUCAAUGUUUCUGAGUCCAGCAGUGGAGACUACAUGUGUAAGAGUCGACGCAGAGAUGACUCAUAUUCUUCAACAGAGUGGAGUGAAGCCUUCAACUUGUCAGCAUCAAAUGCUGUGCUAACUGUUGAACCCAGCUCGACCAUUUUCAUCGGAGAGACUGUUAGCUUCAAAUGUGACAUGAAGGAAGGAGAACACACUGACUGGGAAUACAAAAUUAUCAUGGACGGUCGAGGACUUUUCAACUCCAACACAAACAACGGUCUCAGAUUAAAAGUUGCAUCUACAGCUCAGAGUGGUAAAUACAGCUGCUCUGCUCACAGGAAGAGCUCACAGAAUACAAAGAACAGUAACACUGUCUCUGUAACUGUGAAGGCAGGUAAACCCAGGGCCACACUGACUCCAGGAUCAACAAUCAUACCAGUAGGGGGCAGUGUGACACUGACCUGCUCUGUGGGGAGCUCUGCUGACUGGAAAUAUGAGUGGUUCAGACGUGACCCAAACACUGAAGUUCAAAUCAGAACAGAUAAUCAACAAAACAGAGUAAUCAGAGUAUCUGAAGGAGGAAUCUACCACUGCAGAGGAAGAAGAGGAAACCCAGAUUACUACACUGAUAAAAGUGAUGAUGUCACCAUUGAGAUAACCUUUUCCAAUAAGGUUGUUGUAAAAGGACGACCCAGCUGGCCUCAGAUAUUCAGCGGUGAGACGAUCAGUCUGACAUGUGAGGUGCAGGAAGGAGGUGAAACCACUGAGUGGGAGUAUAGAUGGAGAGGACCCAAGCAAACCACACAGUGGACUCACAAUAAUUACUGGAUAUUCAAUGUUUCUGAGUCCAGCAGUGGAGACUACAUGUGUAAGAGUCGACGCAGAGAUGACUCAUAUUCUUCAACAGAGUGGAGUGAAGCCUUCAACUUGUCAGCAUCAACAGGUAAACCCAGGGCCACACUGACUCCAGGAUCAACAAUCAUACCAGUAGGGGGCAGUGUGACACUGACCUGCUCUGUGGGGAGCUCUGCUGGCUGGAAAUAUGAGUGGUUCAGACGUGACCAAAACACUGAGGUUCAAAUCAGAACAGAUGAUCAACAAAACAGAGUAAUCAGAGUAUCUGAAGGAGGAAUCUACCACUGCAGAGGAAGAAGAGGAAACCCAGAUUACUACACUGAUAAAAGUGAUGAUGUCACCAUUGAGAUAACCUUUUCCAAUAAGGUUGUUGUAAAAGGACGACCCAGCUGGCCUCAGAUAUUCAGCGGUGAGACGAUCAGUCUGACAUGUGAGGUGCAGGAAGGAGGUGAAACCACUGAGUGGGAGUAUAGAUGGAGAGGACCCAAGCAAACCACACAGUGGACUCACAAUAAUUACUGGAUAUUCAAUGUUUCUGAGUCCAGCAGUGGAGACUACAUGUGUAAGAGUCGACGCAGAGAUGACUCAUAUUCUUCAACAGAGUGGAGUGAAGCCUUCAACUUGUCAGCAUCAACAGUGCCCAGGACUGGAAACUCUUCAUUUCCUGCUCUGUUGAUCGUUGGACUCAUCUGUGGACUUUUACUGAUUCUUCUUCUGCUGUUGUGUCGCUUCAUACAGUCAAAGGAUUCAUGCUUUGCCAGCACAAAUCAAACCAUAAACCAAACGAUCAACCAGGAUGACGCUCGAGACAGCCAACAUGCUUCUCGUCACCAAGGUGAUGCUUGUCUCUAUGAAUCAGUCAAAGACCAUGAUGACACAGAUAAUGUUGAAUCUGGGGAUGUCACAUAUUCUUUGAUUGAGUUUAAAAACAUCACUCAAAAAGAUGACAGCCUGUUGUAUGCAGAGGUCUCCCACAAGAGAGCUAAAGCCAAGAGAAACAAGGAAAAAUCAGCCUCUGCAGCAGCUGAAUAUGUCAUUUAUUCUGAAGUCAAGUCACAACCAGCUCUUGAUUACAGCCUGUUGUAUGCAGAGGUCUCCCACAACAGAGCUAAAGUCAAGAUACUUUAA